UGCAACCGUCUACCACGCUUUACUGCUGCAGGUAGUUAAUUCGACGAUCCAUGCGCAGGAUGCCCGGGCUGAAAACUCGCAACUAGGGAUAGAUGACAGCACUCUGUACUUAAUCCGUGCCACCAGCCAGACUUUCCCCCUUCCACAUGCGCCUCAUUCAGAACGCCGCCAUUGACCUCGCAACAGCCAGUCCAACACCGCCCACCCAAAGCAUGUCGGAAUCCACCCGCGCCCUCCCAAACAACACCACCGCCCUCGCCCCCAGCACCGGAACCGCCUUUCUCCUCCGCGCCAACCAGCACCUCCGCAUCAUCGACCCGCAAGGCAAACAAGUCGCCGACCUGCUCGCCUACAACGCAGCCGAUAAACGGGAAACGCUCUCCAACGGCCGCACGUUCGACUACGCCGACAAAAUUUUGCUGACGGAGGGCGACGCGCUGUACAGCAAUCGUAGCAAUGUGCUGCUGCGCAUUGUGCGGGAUACCGCUGGCCGGCACGAUUUUCUGUUCACGCCUUGUUCGACGGAUACGUUUCGGGUGAAGUUUGGGGGCACGGGGGAGGAGGGGAAGGCGGGGUGUUUUGGGAAUUUGGUGUAUGCGCUGGGGAAGAGGUUUGGGAUUUUGGAGCACGAGGUUGGCACGCCUUUCAAUUGUUUCAUGAAUGUGGUAGUCGAUGGGGGGACGGGGGGGAUUGAGGUGAGGGAGCCACUCAGUGGUGCGGGGGAUUUUGUUGAAUUUGUUGCGGAGGUGGAUUUGAUUGUUGGGCUUACGGCUUGUUCGGCGAGGAGGAGUAAUGCGGGGGUUUGCAAGGAGAUUUGGUAUUCUGUUUGGUAGAGCGAGGAGGGUGGUGAGAUGUGAUGUAGCGUUGGGGGGAGGUGGCGGUCAAGGGGAUAUUGAUAUAGCUCGAUCGCAGAUGGCGAGAUUCUUCCCUGUCAAAAUUCCAGGCGGUAGGGAUGCUGGCAUGGUCUCCCAGUCUCUCGAACCAGUCAACUUCUCAGAGUUGGAGAAGAAGGAGAGGGUGGAUUGAUGUCUG